UAAGCCCAAGCUCGAUCUCCAACCAAUCGCGUCUUCAAUCCAUAUUUUUCUCAGAAAUCAUCGCACACCUCUCUCACAAACAAAAACCAAAGGUACAACAAUAAUCAUCAAAGACUUCUGCAACAACGUUGUUCCUUUCAACUUCGUGUUUCGUCUCUCUUAAUCCAGUUCUUCUUGGCGUGGAGAUUCAAUAUGACACCGGUUUGUCCGUUUGUUAAAAUUCCUCGGCCGGAUGAUAGUAAUGCUUCUAAAAAAUCGGCUGAAAACUCAACUAAACAUCAUGUAGAGCAUGAAAGUAAAGUGAAGAAAGAUGUUAAUGACUCAGCUAGUGUCUCGCCGAAGUGCCCUUUGGGAUAUGACUCACAAACAUUUAAGAUGGGUCCUCUUAGCUGUAUGGUAUGCAAGGCACUUCUAUUUGAAACCAGCAAAAUCGUGCCUUGUUCUCAUGUCUUUUGCAAGUAUGUAUCAUGGCCUGUGUUUAUUUCUCAAAUCUAUCUUUCAUUUUCAUUGCCUAAUACAUACAAUGUUUUUUUGGCUCAUUUUAUUUUAUGUGUAUCUGAUGGUAGAGCAUGCAUAGCACGCUUUAAGGACUGUCCUUUAUGUGGGGCUGAUAUUGAGAAGAUUGAGCCUGAUGAUGAUCUUCAAGGUGUAGUUGAUCGCUUUAUUGAAGGUCAUGCUAGGAUCAAAAGGUCUGUUAAUUUAGACAAAGGCGAAGAAGCAGCAGAGAAUAAUAAGCCAGUCAUAUACGAGGAUGUGUCCUUGGAAAGAGGCUCUUUCUUGGUGCAGCAGGCCAUGAGGGCAUUCCGUGCUCAGAAUUUAGAAAGUGCCAAAUCAAGACUCAACCUAUGUGCAAAAGACGUUCGUAGUCAGAUAGAAAAAGUGGGUAACACUUCAGAGUUAUGUUCACAACUUGGAGCAGUCUUGGGUAUGCUUGGUGACUGCUGCCGAGCAAUGGGUGAUAGCAGUUCGGCAGUUACUUAUUUUGAAGAAAGUGUUGAAUUUCUGUCAAAGUUGCCGAAAGAUGAUUUGGAGAUUACACAUACACUUUCUGUUUCGCUUAAUAAAAUUGGUGAUCUUAAAUAUUAUGAUGGGGACCUUCAAGCUGCAAGAUCGUACUAUUUUCAAUCCUUAAAUGUUCGCCGUGAUGUUAUCAAGAACAAUUCAAAUGUUUCAUCCCAGGUCUUAGAUGUUGCCGUUUCUCUCGCAAAAGUAGCGGAUGUAGACAAAAGUCUAGGGGAUGAAAAGUCGGCUAGUGAUGGAUUUCAAGAAGCCAUAGACUUACUGGAAUCACUUACAUUGAAAUCUGAAGCAAGUGGACUUGAGCAACGGCGGCUAUCAGUUCUAGAAUUCCUUAGAAGCCAACAAGCCGAUAAACAAGAACAAGUUGAACAAACAGUAUGAGGUCAGGUAGAUGCCUUGCGCAAAAAGGAAGCAUCAAUUCAGAUGCAAUAAAUGUUUCUGUAUGUGUUUGGAUACAUGUGUAAAAUAAGCUCAGGUCAACGGAGACAUUAUAAUAGAGGAAGAAGAGACUUUUCAUUCUGAGUCAUGAAUAUCUCAGUCAUUUUUGGCACCGCCUUUGUCUGAGAUUCUGCAACAAAUCUCUCUUUGUAUUUUUUCUACUGUUACUACUAUGCCGAUGUAGUUUUUGUAUCCACCUCUUUAGUUUUGGGGUGGAUCCUCUCCGGUCACUGAAAAGCUCUACUAGGACAGAGUUUGACAUUGCGAAUGAAAUACUAUUAUUUUAUUCAUCGUGUCUUUCUCUCUCCUUUUCAAACUUUCAUAGGGAUCGUAAGAGGAUCACAACUCCUUUAGAUUGUAUUGGUGCACAAGGGCAAUAGUGAUUGGAUUUUCUUACAUUAAUGUAACUAAUAUACUUAUAUCUAAUAAACAAGAAAUGAAACAACAUGGAUGAUAUGUAAGAUUGUAGGUUGUGUUUCAAA